GUACAUAUCCUAACUGAAAGAAUCCUCUCCGCCUCUCUCCUUCGGCUCCUUGCCCCGAGCCUCCGACGCCCGCAUCUUGGAUUCCAUCUCCUCCUGGGCUACUGCUCUAGCAGAUCCGCCUCCCGCAGAACUUGCCACCCCUUGAUCUGGCCGCCCACCGCGCCAGCAACAGCACGCAGCCGUGGUUCGCAGUGGCUAGGCGGCUAGGCCGCAAGGGGAAGGCAGCUAAGGUCCCUGGCAGCCACGGUGAAGUUGCUUGUGUCACUGCAGUUCUGUAAUACCAGAGGAGCAAGAUGGACAUUUUUGUCAUCAUCUCACUUAUCUUGCUUCUGGCGCUAGGAGCUUUCUUUGUAAUCCCAAGAUCCCAGAAAAAAGGCGAAGCAAAAGAAACCGAUUCAGGUGCUAAUGGAACGACAUCCAGGAGCUAUACAAAGGAUGAGGUCUCAAAACACAACACGAGGAAGGAUUGUUGGAUAAUCAUCAAGGAUAAGGUUUAUGAUGUCACUCCUUAUGUGGAGGAACAUCCAGGCGGAGAUGCCAUUCUAAACAAUGCUGGGGAUGAUUCCACAGAGGGCUUUUUUGGUCCACAACACGGCACUAGAGUAUUUGAUAUCAUCGAGGAUUUCUGCAUUGGCUUAUUGAAGGCUUCAUCAUAGAGUGGUAGAAAGAGAUUGUGUUAAGUUCAUGGAUAAUUCAUUGCUAUCAAAGUAUGAGAGGCCGCAGAUUAUCCAUGUUUCAGUCUUGCAGUCAGGAGUUUGUUGUAGAGGUCAGAGUGAAUUUGUUCUACAACUGCAAUCAGCGCUGGGCUAAGCUCUUUUGAUGUAGUUUUAUUUUUCUACUGGAACUCCGUAGACAUCAUUGUAGCCACUAGUUGUGGUUAUACGCUUCUGAAUGUUUUCUUCUUGUCUGGAAGCAUGAAACCAUAAGGAAGUAUUUAGAUUUGAUGUGCUCGAUGCGUUUAUUGAUGUCA